GGUGAGUUCUCAACCAAACAACCUCUCCGAUGACAGUUUCUGGCGCUAGGAACGUAUGGGGCUCUCCCGACGCCCCUAAACGCGCCCUGCUGCUCCACGGACUCGCAUGCUCAUCCUACAGCAUGCGACACAUCGGCGAGGGCCUCGCCCAGCACGGAUACCUUGUCUCCGCCCCCGACCUGCCGGGCCACGGCAUCGGACCCCGCGCAGAGACCUACACGUGGGCGAGCAUGACCGCGCACGUUGUGUCCCUGCUGCGCGAGACGACGUACGACCUCGUCGUCGGGCACUCGAUGGGCGCGAUACUCGUCCUCCGUGCGCUGUGCGGCCAGGGUGCCGGCAGCUUAGACUUGGACUCGGACUUGAACGUGAAAGGACACAGCCUCCGCCCGCGCCGCGUCGUGUUCCUGGACCCGCCGCUCUCCGUUAACGAGGAGGCCUUCGAGCGUGGCGCGGCGCUCUUCACCAGCCUCGUGCGCAGUCCGCCGGAGCCCGCGUUUUACAUGCAGAUGUUUCCGCGCUGGACGAGGCUGGACGCGGUGUUUCAGGUGCUCGCGAAUGAGCUGUGUGACGUCAGGGCGAUGGAUAUUGCGUAUGAGGCGCGUCGGGUUAAUCAUCUCGAGCUCCUCGAUAGCUUGCCGGCUCAUGUUCGGUUCGUUGUGCUGGUCGGAGACCCUGAUGCCGGUGGACAGGCCAGCCUGAGUGACUUUGAAGGGGUUUCCGAUAUCGAGGCGAGGAUGAUGAAAGGGUAUUCACAUUGGAUCCCGUACGAGUGUCCUGAGGAAGUUGUGGAAGCUGCUGUGCAACGUGAACGUUUGAAUGCUCACAUGUAACAAUCAUUCAAUGUCUGUAGAAGUAAUACUGAGGCCUGAAGCUAGGGUCAUGCAUUUAUAUACGC